CUUCAAGAAAGAGAAGAUAGUGUGUUCUAACUACAUCCAAAAUAUGUGAGUGAGAGUGUUUCAUCUUCCAAGUUCCAAUACCAAUAAACAAGGAACACACAAAAAGCCUAAACAACCUAAACACAAAACAAGAAGAAAAAAAAAAUGGGAGUGAUUAAAUCAGCCAUAGGAGAUGCAAUUCUAACAUCAAUAUUUGUUUUCUUCAUCUCAACAUUAAGAAUUCUCUCUACAAAAACAUCUCUUUUUCUCAACCUUCAACCACUUUCACUACCAGGCUUAUUCAUCACAACCAUCCUAAACACAAUAAUCAUCCUCACAAUAAGCCUUAUUGGAAGAAUCUUAGGUGGUGCUAGUUUUAACCCUUCAUCCACAAUUUCCUUCUACACAUUAGGACUAAGACCAGAUUCAUCUCUUCUAUCUUUUGCCAUAAGGUUUCCUGCUCAAGCAAUAGGUGGAGCUAUUGGCAUCAAAUCCAUCCUUCAAGUUAUACCAACAGAAUACAAAGACAUGGUGAAAGGUCCAUCUUUGAAGGUUGAUUUGCAUACAGGUGCUAUUGCUGAAGGGGUUUUGACUUUUACUCAUAACUUUGUUAUUCUUCUUGUUAUGCUUAAGGGUCCUAAAAAUCCUUGGUUGAAGGUUUAUUUGCUUUCUGUGGCUACUUUGGUUUUGGUUAUUAUAGGUUCUGGCUACACUGGACCUUCUAUGAACCCUGCUAAUGCAUUUGGUUGGGCUUAUAUGAACAAUAAGCACAAUACUUGGGAGCAAUUUUAUGUUUUUUGGAUAUGUCCUUUAAUUGGUGCUAGUUCUGCUGCUAUGGUUUAUCGGUUUCUAUUUAUGUCACCAGUUAAGGAGAAGAAAGCUUGAGUCGAGGGACUUUGUUCUAAAUUGCGGUCCACAAUCAUAAUUAUGGGCGUAUCAUAAAAGUUUUAGAGGUCUCUGCAACGACUUUUCCAUUGCUAUGACUAAAUAAUUUGCCUGUAUUUUGCAGCAAUAUCAAAGUUCGCAGCGUAACUGCAACAAUAGUUUAGAAGCAAGAGAGAGUGUGAACUAGUUAUGAUUCUACACUUUUUUUUUUGGUCAGGGUUAUGAUUCUACACUUUAAUUGAUGUCAUUUUUUUUUCUUCCUCCUAUUCUCUCUUCAACACUUUUCAGUUUUUGUUAA